AUGGCGGCUAAUGAUCUGCGAGAUGACAAUAUGAGCAAUAACAGCGCAGCUGAUAAUCUCGACCAAGCGUCUAAAAUACAUCGCAAAUCCAAGAAUCCCGGCAUUGACUACCUGUCCGCCAAACAAAAAUCAGUUGAAGCCUCAAGCAUUGGAACUGUCAACGUGGUAGCCAUAGAGCGUGACGGUCAGCCCCAGAACACUACAGCCCCCAAAAGAAAAGUGUGGAACAAGUUCAAAGCAGAAGACGGAACAGACACGAACGAUGGGCUCCUUGAGCCUGUAUCGGAGCAUGAAUGGAGCAUGAAACCCAAGUCUGCUAUUCUAAACCUUUAUUCGGAGGUUCGCAAUGCAAGUGAACCCGUAAACUACUAUACGGACAUGUGUAUCGGGCGAAAUAAUCCUCGAUCCUUCAAAUUUGAAGUAGACACCGGCUCUUCCCUCAUUUGGGUUCAGUCAAAGAUUUCGGAAACAGAUACAGUACCAGAAGGCCAAGAAGUCUACGAUUGUAUCUCUGAAGACAACGAAUUUGGUGGACUGUUCAAUGGCCGAUUGGAUCUGAACAAGCGGAACAUGAUCCAGGAAUACGGAUCAGCCAAAAUUCAAUAUGACUUACAGAUGGAUUGCUUCCACAUUGGGAUAAUCAAGGCGGAGGGCCAAACACUUGGUGCGGCGCCUAUCCGCAAGUUGCCACCGUAUUUCCGCAACAGAUCUUUUCAUGGUAUAAUAGGAUUGGGUCCCCAAAAGGCUACUGCUGACACUGGUGGCAUUCAAACCAAUCUUUUACUCAAUCUCAAGGCACAAGGACAAAUUGACCGAGCCGUUCUCACGAUGAUCGGGCCGAAUGUCAGAUCAGUGUUAAAACCGCAAGAAGAACCAGACAGCAAACUGACCAAAGGACUUUCGAGAGGAUUUCUAGCGAUUGGAUCGCCAUAUGCUGAAUACGUGGAUGGACAAGUUGUUUGGUGCGAAGUGGUCCAAGAUUUAAAUUCUGAUGCUUGGUCCAAAGAAAAAUGGGUCGUCAAAUUGGACAAAUUAAAUAUUAACGGGACAGUAGUCUGCACUGAUCAGUUGGCGCUCAUCGAUACAGGUACAGCGUUUGUUCUCGCUGCGGAUUCAAAUAUGAAGAAAGUCGUGCAGCACUUGCAGGGGAGGGUAAGCAGCAGAGGAGACCAUUUCGUUUACGAUGAGAAAUCCUUAAGGAAUAUCUCUUUUGAGUUUGCUGGUGGAGUACUCGAAUUUGAACCUGCGAACUUCUUUACAGGUGGAGAAAGCACUGCUCGGAUUGGGUGUGUCACAAAGGCUCCCCCCAGCAAAAUGCCUUCUAACGUUUGGGUUCUUGGUGGAGCUUUCCUCGAUUGCAUGGUCUCCAUAUUUGAUUAUGAGCAGAACCGUAUUGGGUUUGCAAACCUGCCAGAUCGGGAUCUUGAUGGUUUUGGGAUGCAACUCUAG